AGACCAACCAUGAGCCACUCUUCAAUGCAUACCUCAACUUCCUACAGGCGCACCUUUGGAAGCCCACACCCCAUAUCCAUGUCCUCUUACUCCCCUGUUUCCUCCCGGAUGCCCAGUUCCGGAGGUCGCUAUAUGCGUUCAAUGUCACCUGCGGUUGCAUCCCGCCCCACCACCUACCACCAACAGCGCUCUCGCUCUGUCGCCCAGCCCCCCCGCCUCUCCUACGACAAGGUGGACUUCACCCUGUCUGAAGCCAUCAACCAGGAGUUCCUAACCACCCGCAGCAACGAGAAGGCCGAGCUGCAGGACCUCAACGACCGUUUUGCCAGCUUCAUCGAGAAGGUGCGUUACCUGGAGCAGCAGAAUGGUGCCCUGCAGCACGAGGUCAACCAGUUCAAGGGCCAGCAGCAGCACGGUCAGCCCAACCGCGCCUCUGAGCUCUUCCAAGAGGAGGUGAGGGACCUGCGCCGCCAGCUGGACGCCACCGGAAAGGAGAGGGACCAGUACCAACUGGAGAGGGACAACCUGGGUGAGGACGUGGUCCUGCUCAAGCAGAGGUUGGAUGAAGAAGCCCAGAAGAGGGCAGAUGCUGAGAACAACCUGGUUGCCUUCCGCAAGGAUGUGGAUGAUGCCACGUUGUCUCGUUUGGAACUGGAGAGGAAGAUUGAGUCUUUGAUGGAUGAGAUUGAAUUCCUUAAGAAGCUCCAUGAUGAAGAAAUCCAGGAUGUACAAGUGAGUGUCCAGACCCACCAGCUGAAGAUGGAGGUGGACAACACAGCCAGGCCCGACCUUACUGGAGCUCUGAGGGACAUCAGGGCCCAGUAUGAAACCAUUGCUUUAAAGAACAUGCAGGAAUCUGAGGACUGGCACAAGUCCAAGUUUAAUGAUAUGACUGAGUCUGCAAAGCGCAACACUGAUGCUCUGAGGCAGGCCAAGCAGGAGGCCAAUGAGUCCAGGAGGCAGAUUCAGUCUCUCAGCUGUGAAGUUGAUGCUCUGAAGAACACUAAUGAAUCUCUGCUGAGGCAGAUGCGUGAAAUGGAGGACCAGUUUGGCAAUGAGAUCGGUAACUACCAGGACAACGUAGGCAGGCUGGAGGAUGAGAUCCGCCACCUGAAGGAUGAGAUGGCUCGCCACCUUCGGGAGUACCAGGACCUCCUCAAUGUCAAGAUGGCUCUGGACAUUGAGAUUGCUACUUACCGUAAACUACUGGAGGGGGAGGAGAGCAGGAUUACUGUUCCCAUCCUCAGUAUGGGCAUGAGCAAUCACCAUGGUGAUCAAGACUAUGACCAUACUCCAGUCAGCAUGAGCAAGAGGACUGUGGUGAUCAAGACUGUUGAGACUAGAGACGGAGAGGUGGUGAAGGAAUCCAGGAGGGAGAAGGAGAGAGAGUCAGUUCAAACCGACAAGGAUGAUGACGAGUAG